AUGUUCAACAACAAUAAGCGACACAAACAACCACCACCACAACAACCACAACAACAACAACAACAACUAUCACAACUUCAACAGCAGCAGAAGAAGCAUCACAAUCAACUGGCCCUUGCUUCUGCUUCUUCGUCUUGUACAUCAAUCUCCACUAUAAUACAGCUGCAGCAGAAUCGUCUUGACCACAGUGACUUUCAUCUCAGUCCAUCGUCGCCUGAUUUAUACUACAACACCUGCACGAACAAAUACAACAAUACGAGUUGCAACAACAACACCAGUAGAAGAUCACACAACGUAUUUGCUGACGACGAGUCAAAUUUUAUACAAUCAAACAUAAGACGUAGCAUAUUUGCAUUUUUACAAAGCAUGGGGCAACAAAUAUCAAAGAGCAACAGCAGUGGCAGUGGCAGUGGCAGUGGCAGUGGCAAUAGCAGCAGCAAUACAGACCAAAGUAACACCAAGUUACCAUUAUCUUUUCACAGGAACAGAGAGCCACCAACAAGCAGCAAGUUAAAGGCACAAUUUUCUGUAUCCGAUCCACAAUCAGACACCGAGAAACCCCCACAGGCUAUACGGCAUGACCUUUCCAUAACUCCAACCACAUCACCACCGGAAGAUAAUCGCAACCAAUACCCAUCUGCGUUUUUCUUAAGUCCAGUCACAUCCAAUGAAUCGUACAAUUACUACUCGGAUGAUGCGUCCAUGAGCGACGCAUACCCUGACCUUGGACCACAUCAUCACCACCAUCAUGAUCUUAGUCAUCACCAUCAUCAUAAUUUACAUAGUCAAUCUCAACACCAGUUGUUGGAAGAUAGUGUCGUGCCUGAGUUGACCGAUGUGUCACCAGCAUCUUCCUAUGGCGAUGACGAAGCAAACAAAGAGGCAGAAAUGGGGAAGGUGGAGGCAGCAGUAGAAGGAGGGGCAGAUAUAUGUGUGGGUGGUAAAGGAACCAGGCCUAUCUCCAUUGAGGAGGAGGAGGAGGCUAUGCAACGCACAAGAGAGCAGCUUCCGCUGCUGCAGCUGCAACUUACAUCUAGAGAGACUCUUCACCCUCGUAUUCAGGAACAAGGAGAGAGAGAAGUGGAGGAGUUUUCACCAUUGUUGUCAUUACCUUUGGAAAUUCUUUUCAAAGUACUUGAAUACGUGUAUGUUGACACUGACAUAUCAUCGAUCAAUUCCAAUCUCGAGAAUUUUGCAAACACUGUGCCACUCUUGUCGAAAAAGUUUCAUCAAUUGUCACUUUGUUUUCUUUACAAGUAUACAAUUUUUAAUCGUCCGCAUUCAUUUGAGAAAUUUUUGCAUAAUUUAACAGCAAACAUUGUAAUUGGGAAAUACGUUGAGUUUAUGGAUUUCCAACAAUUUACAUCUAUUGGAUUGGGAAGGACGGGCAGAAUGAAUCAAGAGAUUCAAAUGGUUACUUCAAGAACCAUUGCACAUGCAUUGUCAAUGACGCCUAAUCUUGUUGAGUUUUUAGCGUCGGAAAACAUUCAGGAUGAUAUGGAUAUUUCCGUGUUGAAUAUUUUGUUCAACAAGUUGCCUCAUUUGAAAGCGUUGGAUUUCUGCGGUGCCAGUAGUGAAGCAUUUGCUCGUGCCUUCAAUCAAUUGACUAUUGAUGGACUGCUGUUGCCCAUCACAAAGUUGUCUUUACAUGAUUGCUCCAAUGUUUCACAAGAUGUGUUGAAUAAGAUUUUGACUAAUGCCGCCCAUUUAACUAGGUUGGAUUUGAAUCAUACGGCUAUAACCUCGUCCAUAUUGUUGAACUUGCCACAACAGAUCCGAUUGACGCAUUUGUCAUUAGCCAGAUGUUCGAAAUUGACAACUAAGGACUUGAUUCAUUUCUUGUCGGCGCAUCCAGCCAUUGCUAAUGGCUCUUUACAGUGGCUCAAUUUACAAAUUGAUUCCAAUGUCGUUAGUCCACUUUCAGAUGUUUAUUUGUUGUACACCUUGAAACAUUUGAAUGCACCAAAACUCAAGUAUUUAAAUAUUGGUGGAAUGCCAGUCAAUUCGAGAAUCUUGUAUGCCAUCAAAACAAAGUUCCCACAAUUGGUUAGUUUGAAUAUUAGUCAUGCGUUGCAGGUGACCCUUGAAGAGUUGAAUGGGUUUAUGCAAGAUAAUUUGGCCAUCAAGUACCUCGAUUUAACUGGGAUCAAGGCACUCAAUAAGAAUGUGGUUACUUUUUUGCGAGCCAAUUUCAAUAGUAAUCUAGAAGCUAUUGAGUUUGAUUAUAAGUCAUUAUAUGACUAUACUUCACGAGGCGACUGUUUCAGAGUACAGCCUCUACCAUUACUGCAACAACAACAGCAACAGCAGCAACAACAGCAGCAACAACAGCAGCAGCACUCGUCAUCGUCAGCAUCAUCAUUGCCCUCCAUUGCUACAUCUUACAUUGAUGAUUUUCUGACAUAUUCACCACCUCAAGUCUGGAAAUUUUACGACAAUGAAGGACGAAGAAGUUGGAUUUACAAAAUGGCAGAGGAAGAGUACCAGCGUGUCAUUACUCAAUCCAAUUUGGUGUAUUAUGACUUGGAAACGGGGCAAAAGAUUGUCACCAAGUUGAAAAAACCGCUGUUUUUGAAAUAUGCUGCACGUAAAGUCAAUUGUUCUAUUGGGUACUAUAAUUUGAAUGGGUACAAGGAUAAGAACUUUGUGGAGGAUUGUUGGCCAGUUGAGUUUAGUCAACGUGGGAUAUACAAUUACUAUUCAUUAAAUGUAAAGUAA